ACGCAAAGAUGCUGCCGCCUUUGACAAAUUUGCUAUCAGUGACACAGGAAGAGAGUGAGGUGUGACAGGAAGAAAAAACGACAGAGGCAGAACGAGAGUGCGCUCAGAAAUGCUGUAAGGGCAAUAAAACAAAAGAAAAAUGAGAGCAGCAGGUAGAAGGAAUACACACGUUUACACAAGAGACAUGGAUCGAACGGGUGACGGCAAAACUGGCGUGUAGCAUCUAAUGAACAAAUAAUCACAUGAACACCUACAGUAAAUACAGUGGGAUGGAGAGGACCUCUCAAAUUCCUUGGCAGGACGACUGCUACAUGGUUCUUAAAUCCACUCCAAAAUCAGGAACUCGCAAGAAAAUGGAGGAUGCCGGUUGGUUGCGUAAGAAUAAAAAGUCAUUGCAGCGUUUCAUCACUGGUCCAUUACUGAUGGACAUAGUCAACCACAUGAGGAAGUCGGAUGAGCUUAGUGCAGAGGGGGCAGGGAUUAUCAAGGAAGCGGGAUCUACGGAGGAUAAAGUCCACGCAUUGGUUGAGCUGCUGUUCAGAAGUGAUACGCAGGGCAACGGCCUCCAGGAAUACCUGAAGAACUCGCAUCCGGACGAGUACAACCUCAUAACUCUGCACGACUCUGUUGUUCAGCAACAUAAAGACAAACUCCAACAGCAAGUCAGAAAUGACAAUGAGAUUCCAUCCCACAAAGCACCUAAUCAAACUCCUGACCUGUUAUUGGUUGAUGGAGUGUCUGACCUGCAACAAAGAGAGCACGAUCUCAUUCAAGUGUCAGUCAACAGAGGGGUGGGACCUUUGCACAGUCGUCCAUUGGGACUGGAUAGACUUUUUGCUGCGCUGACGAGGGUAAGCACGGCCCCUCGUGUCACACUGACAGUAGGCGUGGCUGGCAGUGGGAAAACGCGAUUGGUCCGUAAAUUCGUCCAUCAGUGGUGUUCAGGGAAGGUAUUCCCAGAGUUUAGCUUGGCAAUUCCGAUUGUUUGUUGGGAAUUGAGCAGUUAUGACCGGAUGUCACUUGAGAAGUUGCUUCGAUUGAUUGUUCCAUAUGAUAACGUCGACAUGAUUUUGAACAAUCGUGCCUGUAAAGUGCUGUUGAUCUUCGAUGGGUUGGAAGAAUUCCGCUUCCCACUGGACUUCUCAGAGGCCCCGGCUGCCUCAGAUCAACGUCGAGAGCUUCCAGUAUCUGAUCUCAUUACAAACAUCAUCAGGGGCAACCUGUUACCAGGUGCAUCACUGUGGCUUUUGUCGAGGCCUGGAGUCGGGGCAAAAGUACCAGCAGGAUUAGUGGAUCGUGUGACGGAAGUACCAGCUUUUUUGCACGAUCAGAUUGAGAAUUACAUCAAAAAUGCACCCUUGCCAGAGAACUUUUACACAAGAUUCCAGCAGUCCACUCAGUCGGAUUGUCAAAGUCAAACAUCCGAGGACAAGUCUUGCCAUGCAUGGGCUCACCUGAGAUCCCAGAAACCCUUGUGCAUUCUUUGUUCGGUGCCUUGCAUUUGUCGAAUUGUUACAACCACCUUGUGCCACCUUGUAAGGAUGGAUUUGGAAGACAUACAUCUACCACGGACACUGACGGAGGUAUAUGCCCUCUACUGUUGGCCACAUCUCUCCUCCACAGAUCCAUCAGGUGGAAGCAUCCGGAAGCCGCUAAGCACUCUUGGACGGUUGGCCUUUUACAGUCUGCUGCGUCAACGUUACACGUUUACUGAGACUGAAUUACGGACUUAUGGUGUCGACAUCCCACCACCACCAGGAUCUCUGGGACACCGGAUCCUUCAACGUGAGCAGAGCUGGUCUUCUGACUCAGUAUCAUGGCAGUUUGUACACACUUCUGUACAGGAGUUCCUCGGUGCGCUCUUCUACUAUGUGUCCUCACGGCGUGGAAUGUUUGAUCUGUUCUCCGAGAGCAGCGUUUCUUGGCCGAGGAUUGGCUUCCAAAACCACUAUCGUGCCGCACUGCAGAAAACUAGCACCUCAUCCAAUGGCAAACUUGACCUCUUCAUGCGCUUCCUCUCUGGCCUUUUGUCCUCAGCGGCUGGAGCUCUGUUGGGAGGGGCUUUGGGAAUAAGCAGAGAAGAGCAGUUGACCCAGCGCACAAUGGCAAUGACUCUGCUUCAAAAUACAGUGUCCGGAUGGGGAGACGAGGCGGUUAGCAUGCGUAGUGUAGCUACGGUCGCUUGCCUGGCAGAGUUACAGCAGGGCGAGUGGAUACGCUCUGUGGAGGAGGAUCUGACUAGCUGCAGACUACGAGGGAAGCUUAAGGGUGGGGUUUGUGCAGUACUUGCUUAUCUGCUGCAGACGUCAGAGUCGUGUGUCAAUGAGACUCACCUCUCAAACUGCCUGGACUCGUCCUCUCUCAAGAAACUUCUCCCACAGCUCCUGUACUGCAGCAAGUUGAGGAUGGAAAAUAAUACGUUGACGGACGAUGCCAUGGAGCUCCUGGGAAGUUUGCUAAGUGCCAAAGACUGUCAUAUUCAAUUGUUAAGUAUGGCAGAUAGCUCGAUUAGCAGUAAAGGGAUCAAGCCACUGAGUCGAGCUCUUCUGGUCAAUCGGACUCUCACCGUAUUGGAUCUCCAUGGCAACAAUAUUGGCACCAAAGGGGCGAAGACAUUGGCUGAGGCGCUGAAGAUGAACCAGGUUAUUAUGUCAGUCAAUCUUCAAAGUAACCAGAUCAAGGAUGAGGGAGCUCACGCACUGGCCGAGGUUUUGCAGUCAAACAGAAAACUCGCCACAUUAAAUGUUCAGAAGAACAGUAUAGGUCCAGAAGGGGUGAAGAGAAUCGCAGAAGCACUGAAGAAGAAUCAGACUUUACAAGACCUCAAUGUAUCUGGAAAUCACAUGGGAGAUCUGGGAGCAUUAGCAUUGGCUCAAGCUCUUGUGGUCAACCGUACACUUCAAACUCUCAGCCUCCGGAGUAACUCUGUUAGUGAUAUGGGUAUGAAGGCUCUGACUCAGGCCCUGCGCUACAAUAAAGCCCUCACUAAACUCAACCUUAGGGAGAACUCCAUUGGAGUUGAAGGUGCUCAAGCCAUCGCCCGAGCUUUACAAGAGAACCACACACUCCGAGAACUUGAUCUCACAGCAAAUCUUCUUCACGAUGAAGGUGUAAAGGCCAUCGCAGCUGCGGUUAAAGUUAACAGAGCUUUGACUACCUUGCAUCUCCAGUGGAACUUCAUGAAAGUCGGCGCAGCUAAAGCUCUAGCUCAGUCCCUAAAGGACAACACAUUCGUCCAGGUCCUAGAUCUUCAAGAAAAUGCGCUGGGUGAUGAUGGUGUUGUCGCCCUGGCAGGUGCCCUAAAGACUAACUCCACUCUUGUAGUGCUCUAUCUUCAGGGUGUAUCAGCAGGUGAAGCAGGUGCUGUGGCCCUGGCUGAAGCACUGACAGUCAACCGAAGCCUCCACACUCUCGAUCUCCGUGGUAACUCCAUCGGCAUGGGCGGGGCCAAGGCUCUCUCCAGUGCGCUGAAGACCAAUCGUAGUUUGAGAAGUUUGAAUCUUCAGGAGAACUCUUUGGGGAUGGAUGGAGCCAUCUUCAUCGCCACUGCGCUCCGAGGAAAUCAUCAGCUCACGUAUAUCAAUCUUCAGGGUAACGGAAUCGGCGAGUCUGGAGCUAAGGUGGUUUCGGAUGCAAUACGAGCCGAUGCUCCAGAGUGUGUGGUGGACAUUUGAAAAGAGAAAACACACAACAAACAAGAUGCACGCUGUACAAUUUAAUGUGUACGAUGAAUACGAAUUAUAUGAAAUAAUAUUUAUUAUUAGUGCCAUUUGCUUCUUACUGUAUAUUAUAUACAUAUAUUAAAAAAACAUUCCU